CCUAUAAAUAACCUCUCCACUUCUGUUCAUUCAUAACGCAGUUCUGGAUUAUCACGCACUUGCCGAGAAGCUCCUUCUCCGGGGUCUUCGGAAGAGAGAACACGGAAAGCAGAACAUAUAUCACAUCUGCCGGAGACUAAUCUCGAUUAACAACCAGAGUCACCUCGACACUACUAAAACCAUGAAAAUGUCUGCGGAGGAAAUGUUUCAGAUUCUUAAAGAGGGAGAACUGGAGAAGAGGAGCGAUAAUCUGCUCCAGUUCUGGAGGAGAAAAACGUGCGUCUUGACCACGGAGAGCCUGAACAUAUACGCCGACACGCAGAAGCGCUCCAAAAGCAAGGAGCUCAAAUUGCAGGCCAUUAAGAAAGUCGACUGCGUGGAGCGCACCGGCAAAUUCGUCUACUUUACCAUCGUAACCACGGACAAUAAGGAAAUUGAUUUCCGGUGUUCCGGAGAGGAUAACUGUUGGAAUGCGGUUAUAACUAUGGCACUAAUAGAUUUCCAGAACAAAAAAGCCAUCCAGGACUUCAAAACGAGACAAGAUAACGAGAGCGCGUCGCCUGGCCAGCACGAGAGGCGCAUGGCCAGAGCGCCCUGAACGACUUUCAGGCAGUUCAACUUCGAAUCUGUGUCGGCAUCGACCAUGAACACUGGGACCAAAGGAAGACAUCCGGUCCAAGGAUGAAGGAAGUUCUGUAACAGGUCGCGCAGGAACCUUCGACACGUGACCGCAAAAGGCUUUGAAAAAUGACCACACUCAAGACAGAAUCUUUGAACAUUCAAGUAUUUUUUCAAGUGUGCUUUCCUGGGAGACUUGCUCCUGAAUCAUCUUCAAAUUAUGUUAAUUUAUUGGUUUCAAAACUGUGUGUCUUGGACAUGUAUGUUGUUUAAAUUAUUUGCUAUUUUUGUGUGUAUUUAUUUUAAUAAAUAUUCAGAAUUUUUUGACAGUA